AUGGUGACCUGCACCAGCAUGGAGAAGCUGAAGCCGAAGACUCUGGGGGACUCGCUUCAAGGCCCGUGGGGCUUUUCCGCCUUGACUUACACCCUGGCCUUCCUUGGGGAAGGGAGGUGGGACUCGGAGGAGGGUCAGUUGCUCAUUCCAAGAGCAGGGACGCUGAGCGGCAGCACCGGCUGUCAGCUGCCUCUGACCCUGGCCGUGGCCGUGGGCGUCAGGCGCGUUCACGAGCACCCGCGGUGGGCCGGCGCGCCCCCAGAGGCUCUCUGCCUCACGCCCACUCUCUCCCCUCUGCCUUCACAGCGCCUCCCCCGCCCCUUCUGCUGGUCUGUCUCCCGAAGUGCACGGAGCUAA